AUGAGUGGAUCACAAGUUGAAGAAGCUGAAGAUCUCGUGGAAGCCCUGGCGAAAGAAGUAGACGGAACGAGAAUCAACAUCCCUUCUGAAGUUGAUGUUGAGGGCGAUAGUUCGGAUGAGGGUGAGGCGGCGGUUGAUGGAGAAGGAGGAUGUGGAGGUGAGAAGAGCAAGAAGAAGAAAAAGAAGAAGAAGAAAUCUAAAUCCAAGAAGACCCCGGUGAUCAAACCUAAUCAAGGUAAAAUACCAGAAGAGAUACCUCCCCCACCACCUGAAUCGCCCGAAGACACUUCGAAAUGGGACAAAGAGAUAGUAAAGGGUACGAAAACCUAUAACCUGCCUGCAUGGGGCUUACUGGAUGAUAGAGCAAGACCGAUAUUGAACAUUUUCCGUACUCCGAGCUGUAAGAUGAUAGAGUUGAUUACACCCAGAUUGAGGUUGAGACAGUGUGAGGUUGGGGAUUUGACGGGAGUGAGGAGGAUAAAGAUGGAACCUGUUGUUCAGAAAACGCAACUGUAUGGAUCACCUUCCAUUAGUGAUAUCAAAGAUUCAUUCCUGAAUAGGUACAUACGAUCUAGAGACGAAUACAUCUUCGCCAUAACGGCUUUGAACCCCUCGCAACUCAAAGUGCAGGAUCCGGGGCAUGUGAGGAUAAGUAAUAGGAUAUCUAAUGCAGAGGGGUAUUUAGGCAAUAUCGCCCUGUCUUUGACCUAUCCACCAUCUACACCUUCCUUCUUUCCUACGAAGGGCAAGAUCUACACCCAACCCACCUUUGAACAAACACAUAACGCGAAAGUAGAAGGUAAAUUGUUUUACGAGAUACAUCCCCAGCUUUGGGGUCAGGGUAUAAUGUCAGAAGCGUUCGAGGAGGUAUUAAGAUUUGGGAUGGAAGAAAUAGGAUGUGAUAGUAUCGCAUCCGAUCCAACCACAGGAAACGAAGCCUCUAUUCAUCUCUGUACGAAGAACGGUCUGACCUUUUCUCACACCACAAACAAUAUGUAUAAUAAACCGCAGUUGUUCCAUCGAAUAACAAAGGAAGAAUGGUGGAAGAGGAAUAGACCGGAUAAGGGGGUCCAAGAUAGAUGGGGUGGGAAAGAAGUCUGUAGGUGGUGUAUGAACUUCCGUCUGGCUCCGCCAACGAUGCAGUGCAAGUAUUGUGAAUGGGCUAAAUACUGUUCGAGGGAGUGCCAGAAGGCUGAUUGGGUGAGGAAUGGCGGACAUCAAUCUGAAUGUGACUCCAAAGAGGCAUCGUAG